UUUACUGUUGCACGGAGAGCGGAAUCUUUAACCGGAAGUUGUUUUCUCCUUUUUUUGUGAAGUCACUUGCUAAUCGUGGCAACGGCUUUACAAAAAUGUAUUAAAGUUAGUUUUAGGCGGUCUGUUGGUGACAUGGAUUUAUUUAUUAGAUUUACCCGAGGGUCCGAGGAUGAAGGCCGCUGGUUGGAGAGCAAAGGAACAAAAAUUGCCUGUGAAACGCAAGACGCUGAACGUCUAAGUGGCGAAGAAGUGAAACGCUUCUAUGAGAACUUGUUGGAGUAUCGAGAGUCUGGACAUGUAGACCGUGGCGGAGGCGAAAAUCAAAAGGUGCUCGUGAGGCCAUCAAAGACUGCGGACUGUGUGCAGCGUAUAAGCGAGCAAGGGAGAGAGCGUCUGGGUCACCAAAUGCUGGGGUAUGCUCAGGACGGGGACCUGAGGCGCCUGCGGAAUGUAAUAGAGAAGCGCGGAGUCGACAUCAAUUUCAAGGACGAUUUUUUCUGGACUGCUGUAAUGUGUUCCGCGUAUGCAGGCCACUACCAUGUUGUGCAGUACCUCUUGCAGGCAGGGGCUGCCUGGGUGGGUGUCGUGGACACAAAAGGCCGCGAUGCUGUGGCGCUGGCAGAGGAGGCUGGACAUGGCGAGGUAGUGCGGUUGCUGCAAAGCUUCAGGCCCGUUUCGUACGAGGAGGAAGUGGCACCGGCUGAGAGCAGCAGCUCUGAAGGUCCAGCCAAGCGUUUCUGUGCUGCAUGUAAGGUGGAAUACAAGCAGGAUAGUGUGCAGCAGCAUGAGAGGUCGACUGUGCACUUGCUGAGCCUUCACCGGGCCCCACCACCCACCUACUAUGGUGUGCCCGAGAGCAAUGUGGGCUUUCAGAUGAUGCUACGCAAUGGCUGGGAUUCAGAGACUGGCUUGGGACCUGCUGGAAAGGGACGUCGAUUCCCAGUCAAGACGCUACUGAAAAGGGACCACAGAGGUCUUGGCUACACGACCAGUUUGAAAGCCAAAGUGACCCAUUUUCAGCCCCAUGACAUUCAAGCUGUCGAACGGCCUUUGAGCAGGCAGGUCACGCGGACAGAGAGAGUAGCCACUGUGAACAGGCGAGAAGCAAAGAGGAGACAGCAGAAAGACAAGGCUUGGGAAAGAGACCUUCGUACCUGCAUGGACUGGUGAAUGACUACUGCACAUGACUGUUUCAUCUUCAGUUUUAUGGAGCUUCAAGUUCUGAGUAAUUCAUUUUGUUUUUAGAGAUCACCCAUAUUCCCUCGAGUUCCAAAAGGUUCAUACAGAGUGCCUUGCUGCUAUGACCACUUUUAUUAUAUCUGUGUCCUCUCUGGACCAUCAUUUAUGGUAUGUCUGAUUGGGCUGGACUAAUGAGUGAGGUUAGCAUUUACAGCAGUGAUGACCAGGCUGGCAUUGGUAACCUCGAUUUAGUGUCUGGUUUCUGCUUACAGUGGGGCUGGGGAGGCAGAUAUGGACAGAAAUCUGUACCAAGGAAUUUGAAAUGUAGCACAAUAUAAAAUGUAUCAAAAGAAUUGUCUGCUGCUCAUGAUCACUUUACAGUUUAAUUUUUUUCUUGCAAAAAGUCUGUGGAGCACAAUGUAAAUAAAUUCCAAUAACCUUA